AGUAUAGAAACCCUAAUGGAUGAAGAUGAGAAAGACAAGGCAAAGAGGGCUUCACGCAACAGGUCUGAGAAAAAAAGGCGUGACCAGUUCAAUGUACUUAUUAAAGAGCUUAGCACCAUGCUUCCUGGAAACAAUCGUAAAAUGGACAAAACUACAGUGCUGGAGAAAGUUAUUUGCUUCCUACAAAAACACAAUGAAUUUGCAACGCAGACAGAGGUCUUUGAUAUCCAGCAAGAUUGGAAGCCUUCAUUCCUUAAUAACGAGGAGUUCAUCCAGUUAAUGCUAGAGGCGCUAGAUGGCUUUUUAAUAGCAGUUACAACAGAUGGAAACAUUAUAUAUGUGUCCGAUAGUAUAACGCCACUUCUUGGACAUUUGCCGGCUGAUAUCAUAUAUCAAAGUUUGUUGAAUUUUUUACCUGAUCAAGAGCAUUCAGAAAUCUAUAAAAUUUUAUCUUCACAUUUACCUAACUCAGUUUCCACAGACAAUCUGACUUCUGACAGUGAUCUUGAGUUUUGCUGUCACCUUAGGCGAGGCACUGUAAAUCCUAAGGAAUUUCCAACAUAUGAAUAUAUUAAAUUUGUAGGAAAUUUUCGUUCUUGUAGUUAUGUCCUUAACUCUUCGUGUAAUGGCUUUGAAGGGCCUGUUUCAAGGACUUACCGGCAACAGCUUGGCAAGCAGAUGUGCUUUGUUGCUACAGUUCGACUUGCAACUCCUCAGUUUUUAAAAGAAAUAUGUAUAGUAGAAGAAUUGUUUGAGGAGUUUACAUCAAGACAUAGUCUGGAGUGGAAGUUUCUUUAUUUGGAUCACAGAGCUCCGCCAAUCAUUGGUUAUUCACCUAUUGAAGUCCUCGGUACCUCUGGUUACGAUUACUACCAUGUAGAUGAUCUUGAUAUGUUAGCCAAGUGCCAUGAACUCUUAAUGCAAUUUGGAAAAGGAAAAUCUUGCUGCUAUCGGUUUCUUACCAAAGGACAGGAGUGGAUAUGGCUACAAACUCAUUACUAUAUCACAUACCAUCAAUGGAACUCCAAGCCUGAGUUCAUUGUUUGCACACACACUGUUCUGAGUUAUGCAGAUGCACGUGUGGAAAGAAGACAAGAUUUGGGCAUGGAAGAGUCUUCCCAGGAAGCCAUUCCCUCAGCACUUAAGGAAAAUGUCAAUACUGAACAGCACUUUGAGGUGCUAGAUGUCAGUUCUUCAUUAAUGAGACCAAGUUCAACACCCUCUGUGUCUUCCAGAAGUUCACAUAAAUCCUCUCCGACCCAAGUAUCAGAACCUGCAUCUACACCUACAAAACUGAUCACAGAAUCCAGCACUCCCUCCUUGCUGAGCUCUCACAGUAUGCAGCACAAGCUACCACCUCAGAGGAGAAAUCAAACUGCCUAUGUACAGGCUCCAAUAAACUAUCCAGCAUGUGAUCUUAUUCAACAGCAUCUACUACAUCUGCAGAAUCAGCAAGCACCAAUAGCACAGCUCUCUGCACAAAUCUCUGUGUUCCAAACUAUCAAGAACAAGCUAGAGAGGAGAAUGCAGGAUCUUCAGGCUAACAUAAGGUGGCAACAGGAGGAGCUCCUCACCAUCCAAGAACAGCUGAGCCUGGUGCAGGACACUAACAUACAAAUGUUUUACCAGCAACCAAAUAUUUCAUUGAGCUUCAGCAGCAAUCAUAAUGAACCUCAGCAACAAACCCAGUCAAGAUCUGCAGUGAUGUCACAGGAAGAGCAGCAGAAGCUUGUGUCUAGUCCUGCAACUCAGGGACUGAUCACUUCUACACAGACCACAGGAAAUCAUUUGGUUUCAUCUCUGAAUGUACUGAGGGACAUAAAUAUUAUAUCAAAUAAGGGACAAAAAUCAUUGGGCAUCAUUCAAGAUAUGUCAAGCAAUGUUCAGACAUCCAGCAGCAACCCUGACUCUCAGCAUAGCAGUCCAGCAGUAUUUCACCAAGUUUUGAACAUAAAGCCAUCUCCUGGUACACAGCAAGAUAGCAAUCAGUGUUCUGCAGUGCCGGACUUCAGCCAUGACAGACAAUUAAGGUUGUUGCUUAGUCAGCCUAUCCAGCCCAUGACACCAGGAACCUUAAGCACAAGGCGAUCUUCAGAUGCUGCACUUCAUUCUAAGUAUCCUCAAAAUGCACAGAUAUCUAGAGGCUUAGAGGUACAGACAUCUAGCAGUAAUUCUCCUAUUGUUCUAAUGGGUCAAGCAAUUUUACGACCAGGGUUUUCUUCAACAAAUCUGUCCCAGCAACCAAACAUACAGCCUAUGCACCUACAACAGCAGCAGCAGUAUAUACAGGUGCCAACAUCAAGCUCAUUACAAAAUGAACAAACGGACCCAUUGUUUUUACAGACCUAUUCUCAGCAGCAAGGAACUAUGGGAUUUCACCAACAACCCCAGAUUGUUCAAAGAACUAAUAGCUUGUCUGAGACAUCAGAUAUGGCGCCCGCAAAGAAAGGAGGAGAGAAAAAGAAGGGUCGCUCUGCCAUCAAUGAGGUGGUAACCAGGGAAUACACCAUUAAUGUCCACAAACGGAUCCAUGGGAUUGGUUUCAAGAGACGUGCUCCACGCGCUCUUAAAGAGAUCCGUAAAUUUGCAAUGAAAGAGAUGCGUACCCCUGAUGUGCGCAUUGACACAAGGCUAAACAAAGCUGUAUGGGCUAAAGGCAUUAGAAAUGUUCCAUUCCGUAUACGAGUACGUCUAUCCAGGAAGCGUAAUGAGGAUGAAGAUUCUCCUAACAAAUUGUAUACAUUGGUCACAUAUGUGCCAGUCACAACUUUCAAAGGUCUACAGACAGUCAAUGUUGAUGAAAACUAAUUGACCUUAAUUUGUUAAAAUAAAAAAAAUGAAACGGA